AUGGUUUUCAUGAAUGACUCUGGAGAGAACAACAUUGGCAAAAUACGAGCCCUUAUUUCGCAGGAUCGGCACGAGAUUUUUCUGACGUUUGCUGAAUAUGAUCAUAAGUACCUUGCAUAUCUCAAGAACAAACCAUUCCAGCUUGAACCGUCCGAGACUGGAAAAUCCCAGAACAAAGCGUCAGGGCACGAACUGUCUGCACAUCAAACACCUGAUACUGGAGCCUCAUCCUUCCUGACCAUGCACCAGUAUGGUCCAUGGGAUACCCAACAGCGAUCAAAUAUGGCAGGAUUGGGUCCGAUCCUUCUUGCUAUAUCGCUUUACGCUGAAGGUGAAAUCCAAGCUAAAAAGAGAUCUCAACGCAAGUGA